AUGGAGUCUAAAGGAAAAAGAAAAAUGAGCAAUAAUAGCACAGCAUACGAAGUGGAUGAUGAUAUUUGGAUGGUUCCAUGCAAGAUCGAUGAUAUCUCAAAAAAAUUUAUCCCAGUCUGUAGGCCAGAUCUAAAUGAUGGAGCAAAUGCGCAAAGGCAAUCAUGGUCUGAAAGAGAAGAUGAAGUGUUAAUGGAACUCGUUCACGCUAGAGGAACCAAAAAAUGGACUGCAAUUUCUAAAGAACUUAAUGAUAUUAUGUAUAAUGGAAGAAAAAUAAGGCAUGGAAAACAAUGUAGAGAAAGAUGAGGGAAUCAUUUGAAUCCUUCUCUCAAAAAAGGAGGCUGAACCGCAGAUGAAGAUAUGUACAUUCUAAAAAGACACCAAGAAAUUGGAAGUAAAUGAAGUCAAAUUGCUAACUCUCCCUGCGUGAGUGAAAAAAAAAAUUUGUUCGCUAACAAAAGGGGUUAAUUAUUUUUUUUAAAAUUUAUAUAUAAAUUGUAAAGUAAAUUUGUAAAAUUUAUGUUUUAAAAUGCAAUUUGUUUAAAAUUAAGCAGAUUAACUCGAGAUUUGAUUAUAAUAAUUAUCACUUAUAUAUCAAAAUAAUUUUUUCUAAAAAAUUUUGUUUGCUCACAGAGGAUGGAUUUUAUGCCAAAAAAUAAUGGUUUUGUUCGUUCACGGAGGGGAAGAGUAAAGAGCUUCAAGGAAGAACUGAAAACAGUGUAAAAAAUAGAUGAAAAAGUAUAAUACGUAAAGGAGAAAAAGCAGGGCUUGAGGCAAGUGAGUUAUUGGGAACUAUUAGAAUUGAAAGUGGAGGAGAGACUGGGGAAGGAAAUGGGUUUUAUAGUGAAGAAAAUAAUUUUACAAAUGGAGAAGAAGGAAGGAGGAAUUCAUUUUCCUCCUACGAUAGUAAUGAAUUCAAUGACAUUGAUUCGCCUUCCAAUUUUUUGGUUGAUUUCUAA